AUGAACGCCGUCGUCACGGCUCAUGCUUACUUCAACGACUCCCAAAGACAGGCCAACAAGGAUGCCGAUGUUAUCUCUGGUCUCAACGUCCUGUGUAUCAUCAACGAGCCAAUCGCCGCUGCAAUUGCUUACGGUCUCGACAAGAAAGCAACGAGAGUCGGAGAGAAGAACGUGCUUACCUUUGACCUCGGUGGUGGUAUUUUUGAUGUGUCUCUUUUAACAAUCGAAGAAGGAAUCUAUGAAGUGAAAUCAACCGCCGGUGACACCCACUAUAACCCGUGCCAGAUCCCUUGA